AUGCUGUCUGUACUAACUCCUCUAACCGUUUUUUUAUUUUUUGAGUCUCAUCUACCAGUGAAAUGCGGUGAGAAUUGUGAAAAGUUUAAUUGUAUUAAAAAAAAAUUUUGGAAGUGUUAUAUCUCUUGAAUGAGAAAAUAAAAAAUAAUUGAAAUCAUAUCGAAAAUAAUGUGAAUUAAUUUGAUGGCUGUAGCAGAAAUAAACGACUUCUUUCUACGAAAUGAUGCAGUGGACAUUUUCAGAGACGGCCUAUGAAAGUUAUAUAAACCACCAAAAAAGGCUCGCCAACGAUAUUUUCCAAAAUUACAACAAUGACGUUAGCCCCGUUAUGUCCGGUAGAAACUUUGUCAAUUUUGCAAAUUACCUUUUUUUUACACCAGAUGAAGACACCUUACCAGAAAGCGCUCGCGCACAAAUCGAAAAAUUCAAUAUUUCGACGUUAUUGUAUUACAUAAAGCUGGUAGAAGUGGUGAGUUUCUGAAAAUAAAUUUUGAGAAAGAGUUUCAUUUUUUAGGAUCAACCACAGGAGAAAGUUUCUUUCGCUGUUGAACUCGUUACGGUGAGGUUCAUGAAAUCGUUCUACUAAAUAGUGUAUUUGAGUUCUGGAAAGAGCCCAGGUUGCGCUGGAACCCCCCGGAGUACGGGAACAUCGAGCAACUCUACGUGACAGAGAAGAAAAUUUGGACGCCGCCAAUUCAACCUUUCGGAUCGUAAUUCGAAACCUCUUCAACAAAAAGUACAGAGCUUUUUUUUAGGAACAGCUACGAAAUUUUUAUGAACGGCGACAUCCGAUUGAAUAUUGUGAGUAAUAUGGUCAUCCAUGAACUUUUUUUUUGGCAGAUAAGGUAUAACACUGAAGCGUCCGGCUACAUUUCCGCGAAAAUCGCAACUGUCUGUCCAAUGAACGUAGGUUACAGAAUUAAGUGUAAAUUGGAGCCUUUUGGAUCAUUGUAAAUCUUUGAUUUACUUAUGAGACCGCUCUGUAACUAAAAAAAAAUUCAAAAUUAGUUUAUAAGUCGACAGUAUUUAAUCCUUUUCAUGAUGAAAUAAUGUUUCUAAGGUCGCCGAUUUUCCUUUCGACUCGCAAGUGUGCCAAGUGCGGCUCUGCUCUCCAUAUUUUGCCAUUGAAGAAAUACGAAUGCUUGCUGAAGUUUAUCAAGCAAUUCUUGAUCCAGACAUGAUUUCCACAAUGGUUUUUUCAAAAUUUUUGACAGGGUUGAUAUUGGAACUAAGGGCAAUUCCGAGUGGAGCGUCGUUCGGCUGGGUAGCAAAGUAGAACAACUCAAGUUUUUCGACCAUUUCGGCAGCAUGGAGCUAGUGAGUCCUCGUCCAAUUUUAGUCAAAGUUUCUUUCCAGGUAAUUUUUGAGAUUGAAAUCAAAAGAAAUCCAGUUUACUACAUCUACAUGAUACUCAUCCCGUCUUUCAUAAUCAACGCGGUCUCUCUUAUUGGCGUAUUUCUGAAAGACGCCGAUCGUAUGUCGAGAGUUUGCGAAGAAAAAUUUUAUUAAAAUAAUAAGUUUUUGUUAAGUUAGGCGUCGGGCUCACAAACAUCAUGACGAUGACGUUCAUACUAGGAGUGAUGGCUGAUAAAAUUCCGAAAACGCCAAGCGUACCAUUAUUAGGUUUGCCGAACUCUUUUUUCUGACGAAAAUGCUUUCAGGGAACUACAUAAUGGCUAAUUUGGCCAUCAUGGUGGUUGCAAUUUUUACGAUGACUGUUUUACAAUCAGUGAGAACAGGAAUGCAAGGAAGGUUCAAAAAAACGAGGAAGCCACUUUGGUAUGGCAAUAGAAAUGAAAUGUUCUCAAGGUAGUAACUUUCAGGGAAAAAUUGGAAGGAUGGUGUGGAAGCCCUAUUGAAGUCAUCCUAACGAUUAUUCUUGAAGUUUUGAAUUUCCUCAAUUUCUUCGCCAUUGUUUCUCGAUGGGACUGAUUCUAAUUAGACGACAUGAAACUUGAUAUUUUUUUCAGUUUUUGUUCGUUAAAUUUUCUGACUCCUUCGUUCACGUGAUAAAAAACCUCAUCUCACCUGUUGCACCCAAAAAAACUAAAUUUGAAAAAGGAACUCAUCAAGUUGAAUGUCACUCGAGGUGUCGUAUUGCGGGUUGAAAGCAUUAUUUUAUGCAUCAAGCUUCACUUCCACUAUAUGAGUUCCAUUUAUUUUGUAAUUUUGCUUUCUAUCAAUUCGAUUUCUUUCUCAAGGUCGGAUAAUGGUGAGUUCAAAUUAUGAAUCAAACUUUCGAAAUUUUUAGUGGAAGAAUACGAAAGUUUUUUGAGCCAUCAAAAAAGGUUGGUGGCUGAUGUUUUCAAUGGCUAUGAUGCUUUGGUGACGCCGGUUUACACCAAAGGUUCUUUUACUUUUUUGGAGUUUUGAUUUUACUGAAAAAUAUUUUUUAGUAGAUAGCUUGCUACCUCCGGACAGCGUUCCAAACAAGCCAGCCAGAUUUAACUUGACUAUUUUUCUAUUUUACGUCAAGUUAGUAGAAGUGGUAAAAAUUAGAACCAAAUAUCAAAACUAUGAAGCUUUUUUUUUCAGGUGGAGCCCCAAGAAAAAGUGUCCGUCGUCACAGAAAUUAUCUUGGUUUGAAUCAAAUUGAGUUGAUAUCGAAACUCUGUGCUUUUAGAAAUCUGUCCUCGUAAUUUAUAUUCUGAUUUUAGGCUACCUUGUUGAAAACGAUUUUUCAUUGAUUCUGCAACUCCUGAUCGAAAAAAUAAUGAGAUCUCAAAAACCUUGUCUAGACUUUUUCAAAACAUUGAAUAACAGUUUUCAAUUUCCGCCUGCCCAAUUCAGUAUUGGAACGAGCCGAGAUUAGCUUGGAACGACUCGGACUAUGGCGACAUUCAAUCUAUCUACGUGACUGAGGAGAAGGUUUGGAUACCACCUUUGCAGCCUUAUGGAACGUGAGUGGCAAUUUUUUCAAAUUGAAAUUGAUUAUAAUAUAUUUUACAGAAAUGGGUAUGAACUAUUCAGUUCACGAGAAGCACGUUUAAUCAAUGUAUGCGCAUAGGAAUUUUUCAAUUUUUUACAGCAUUUUCAUCAGGUCAGAUAUGAUUCGCAGGCCUCCGCCUAUGUGUCCGCCAUCAUAUCCACAGUGUGUCCAAUGAAUGUAAGAUAAUUUUUUCUCAACCUAAAUGUAGAAAUCAGAAUUCAGGUGGCUGACUUUCCUUUCGAUGAUCAAGUUUGCAAAGUGCGUUUUUGCGUUCCCUAUUUCAACAUAGGGGAAAUUAAACUAUUACAAGAAAUAUACGGGCAAAUUAUGAAUCCUUUCAGCAUAGCAACAAUGGUGAUGUUCUCAUCAAAUUUUCCAACUUUUUUCUCGGUUUACAGGGAACCUCGGAGUGGUUGAUGACUAAUCUUAUCGGCAAAGUUGACGAAUUGAAAUACAACGACACGUUUGGAAACAUGGAAACAGUAGGAUUCUUUUAGAUUCAUCGGUCUAAUAUGUUGCAGAUUGUAUACGAGCUACACAUGCAGAGAAAUCCCGUCUACUACGUUUACAUGAUACUGAUCCCUUCUUUCAUUAUCAACGCCGUUUCCAUUAUUGGCGUGUUUCUGAAGGAAGCGGAUCAAAUGUCAAAGGUGCUGAAUCUUUGAAAAAAGUUGCAUUGAGAAAUUCAGCUGGGCGUUGGUCUAACGAAUAUCAUGACGAUGACUUUCAUCCUCGGAGUGAUGGCCGACAAAAUUCCGAAAACACCAAGUAUCCCUCUUUUAGGUGAUCAAAAAUUCCAGAAACAAUAUAGAAAAGUUUUCAGGAAUCUACAUAAUCAUCAACUUAGCACUGAUGAUUGUGGCAAUUUUUUUGAUGUUCUUCUUGAAAAUCAUAAGAAGACACAUUCAAAAACGGAUCGAAACAACUAAAAACUUAGUUUGGUAUGUAAAAAAAGCAUUCAGCUUAUAAAUUGUGAAUUUUAGGCAGAAACUGGGAACAUGUUGUGGGAAGCAUUUUGA